UGCUUCCCAUCCAACAAUUCAUUACAUACAUUUCAACAACUUGAGUAAAUUUAUAAUCCGGCCGCCGUGAAUCGAGCAUUUUACACAGCGCAACCGUAUAAUAAUGAGCUACUCUUCGUCUUCUUCCGCCGUCCAACGGCGGCAGCCUGGCCCACCACCACCACUUCGUACAUCAAUGCAUGCACUCCUUGGCGGUGGAAACGUGGCUGAUAUAUUAUUGUGGGAGAAGAAGCAUGUGUCGGCAACAAUAUUGAUUGGAUUCACUCUCAUAUGGUUUCUUUUGGAAGUGGUGGAGUACACUUUUGUUACCCUUUUGUGCCAUAUUUCCAUUUUAGCCAUGGCAUUUCUUUUCGUCUGGUCUACCGCUUCUGGAUUUCUUGAAUCCUGGAGCCCUCCUGAUUCUAAAGCUCUUGCAAUAUCAGAAUCAACAUUCAGAUGGUUAUUUGGGAAGAUAAAUAAUUUCCUAUUGACAUUCUACGAAGUCUCUUCGGGAUCUGAUUUCAAAAGAUUUAUCUUGGCAAUAACUGUCCUCUGGCUACUAUCAAUAAUUGGGAAUUUUUUCAAUUUUUUAAAUCUUAUAUACGCAGGAUUUCUGUGCAUGGCGACGUUGCCCGUAAUUUAUGAAAGGUAUCACACUGAGGUGGAUCGUCUAGCAAGUCGAGGAUUUCAAGAUUUGAAGAGACUUUACAAAAAAAGUGGGGUGGAAGCAAAAUUUAGCAAGAUUCCCAAAGGACCGGUCAAGGACAGAAAGAUUUAUUAAAUUCUCAAUAUACUCAAAGCUAGGAUCGAUAUAUAUACAUACAUGUAAUUAUACAUGCACUAAUAAAAAUCAGAGUUAUGUACUCGAACAUGCACUAAAAUAUUGUUUUUUUUUAUUUUUAUAAUUAUUAUUUUUAUCAUAAUUAUUAUGCACAGUUCAUAAACUGUCGGCCGCAACAUGAAUACUAAUUAUACUACAUUUUAAAAUUAAUUAAUUAACUAUAAGUAAU